AUUCCCGUCAUCGUCAACCUCCGCCUUCACCACAGCUCAACCUCAAUCCCACAAUGGUCAAGCCCCUCACAUUCAAAGGCGACAAGCCCAAAAAGCGCAAGCACCGCGAUGUGGACAGCGAGAAGACCCCCAAGUCCCGCAAGACUGAAGCAUCCGAAGCCGCGGAUAACGACGACAAUCCGGAAGACCAGAGCUGGGUUUCUGCGGAUGCCCCGAGUGACAUUGCAGGGCCAGUAGUCCUUGUCCUGCCUUCGGAUGAGCCGACUUGUGUGGCGUGCGAUAUCAAUGGCAAAGUAUUUGCAAGUGUGGUGGAGAAUCUGAUUGAGGGGGAUCCAUCGACGGCAGAGCCACAUGACGUGCGACAGGUGUGGAUUGCGACGAGGGUUGCGGGUACAGAGUCUUUUACUUUCAAGGGACAUCAUGGAAAAUACCUCUCCUGCGAUUCCCAUGGCCUUUUCAGCGCAGACACCUCCGCGGUAUCACACUACGAAUCCUUCUUGGCAAUCCCCUCCCCAGAUAUCCCCGGCACAUUCUCCCUGCAAACACGCGGCGGCGACUCCGAGUCCUUCCUGUGCGUCAAAGAAAGCGCCAAGGCCACCGGGGGCGUCGAAAUCCGGGGCGACGCAAGCGCGAUUUCGUUCGAGACGACAGUACGCAUCCGCAUGCAGGCGCGGUUUAAACCACGCCUACGUAUUGCGAAGGAGAGUAAGGCAUAUGAGAAGAUUAGUCGGAAGGAAUUGGAAGCACUUGUGGGGAGGAAACUGGAUGAGGAUGAGGUACGGAGGUUAAGGCGGGCGAGGCGGGAUGGAAAUUUCCAUGAGGAGAUGCUUGAUGUUAAGGUCAAAGGGAAGCAUGAUAAGUUUGCUUGAACACUUGUAUUAACGCUGAUUAUAUUCUGACUGCGCAUUUUGGAUGUCGAAGAGUGUUGAUACGCCCGCUGAGCUGGUCAGGUCGGUUUGACGUAGCUUUAAUUCCCGGUCUGCAUCUCCCAGCGGCAAGGCCCCUUCAUGAUCGAACUCAUGACUCGCUUCUAAUCAGCCUGGUAGCAAGAAUUGUCGAUGUGGCAGAUUGAAGAUGGCAGGUUCUCGGAGCCCUCGGGAAGCUAGCCAUCUAACUGUCGACUUGCCACAGAGGCAUGUAUCAGAUGUCCUUAGCC